AUGACAUUGAAUAUAGUGCAACCCAAAAACAUACUUGCAACUUUGAAACGUAAUAAACCCGGAGAUAUCUCAACUAUCAAGAAAAUGUACAAUAUUUGUGUCCUUAACAACAAGGCGUUGAGGAUGGAUAGAACUAAAAAGUUUCGAACGUGCGAUGAUGGAGUAACCGUUCGAGAUAUAUUUUGGACUCAUCCUGAUUCCAAAAAGUUGUUCAACAUAUUUCUCAUUGUGCUUAUCAUUGAUUCAACGUAUAAGACCCACAAGUACAGACUUCCACUAUUGGAAAUUGUUGGUGUUACCUCUACUGAGAAGACUUAUUUUGUCGGGUUUGCAUUUCUAAGAAGAGAAAAAGAGAAAAAUCUUACUUGA